GUUUCAAAUUGUUAUCAAAGUCAAAGUCCAACAACAUACGCGCAGUUGCAAUUAAAUUUGUUUGGGGGGAGAAAAGUCUCUUUGCUUUCAAGCUCUCUGUGUCCCCCAUUUCUCUCUCUCUCUCCUCAAAUUGAAUGAUUGGCUUAUUUCUUUUUUUUUUCCCAAAAACUCAAUUUUCGUUGAUCUUUGUUCUUUAUUGUUUCCAAUUUCUGGGUUUUCAAUUCAAACAUUCCCUUUUCAGUUUCCCCAUUUUUUUUCUUAAUCAGAUCGGAGAUUUUCAUUUUUAUCUGAAUUUGUAUUACGUUUUCAUUUUAUUUUCGAGGGGCAAAUAUCUCCAGCUAUCUUUGUCAAUGUCAUUGAUAUUCUUUAGUUAUUCAUUCCAUACCGUUAUAUCUUGUAUAAUAGACCCAUAUUUAAUUUUAUAUAUACACAUUUAAUUUUUAUAAUUUUGACACGUCUCAACAUGAACUGCUCUGUUGAAGAUUGUUUUUGUAAAAUCAGUGAAUACAAAAAGUGGGUUUUUCAAUUUUGAUUAUAAAUUUUGUUUUUGUUUUUUUUUUUUUCAAUUUUGUUUCUUCAACUUACAAAAAGUGGGGUUUUUGAUAUUUAUUUUUUUUUGCGAAAAUGAAACUUCUAGUGCGUGUAAUUGAAGCGCGAAACAUACCUGCAAUGGAUCCAAAUGGGUUCAGUGAUCCAUAUGUGAAAUUACAGUUGGGGAAGCAGAAAUUCAGGACCAAAGUGAUUAAGAAGUGCUUAAAUCCAUCUUGGUGUGAAGGGUUUACUUUUAAAGUUGAAGACUUGAAGGAAGAGCUUGUCAUCUCUGUUUUGGAUGAAGAUAAGUUCAAUGAUGAUUUUGUUGGCCAAAUCAGAGUGCCCAUUUCUCAAGUUUUCGACGCCGAUGGCAGCACCCUCGGCACUGCCUGGUACCCGUUGCAGCCUAAGGGUAACAAGAAGAUCAAGAGCAAGGACUGUGGUGAGGUUCUUCUUACUAUAUGUUUCUCUCAAAACAGUUCUUUAAAGGACUUGCAAGUUGGUGGUGAUCUAGUGCCAUCAAAGAAGUAUUCUAAGAUCACAGCUGAAUCGCCUUCAAGGUCUUCCAGUGGUGAUCUAGCGCCAUCAAAGAAGUAUUAUAAGAUCACAGCUGAAUCGCCUUCAAGGUCUUCCGAUGGCUCCUUGAGAUUACCAUCUCCGAUGAGAUUAGAAGAAGUUACCUCUUCGAAGGAAGACAAACCACAAGUACAGACCCUCGCAGGUCGACUUGCUCAAAUAUUUAAUAAAAAUGACAAUAAAAUUGACGAUGCAGUAUCUACAACCUCCACCACCUCUAGUAGAGGCCUUGACUUGUCAGAGCUAUCUGAAACAGCAAAAUCUGAGGUUUUCGAGGACAAGUUUGAAGAACAAUCCUCUUCUGGAAAUUUUGAAGAAGCAAUGAAAACAAUGGAGUCAAAAGAUCAAGGAAAUGAAAUUCCAAGCAAUUUACCUGGUGGCGUUCUUCUAGAUCAACUGUAUUUAAUUGCACCACCGGACCUGAAUUCCUUACUCUUUUCUCCGGAUUCAGAGUUUCCCAAAUCUUUAGCAGAUGCACAAGGAACUACAGAACUACAAGCAGGACCCUGGAAAUUUGAGAAUGGUGGUGAGAACUUGAAAAGAGUGCUUACUUAUAUUAAGGCUGCGACUAAAUUAAUAAAGGCUGUGAAAGCCACAGAGGAGCAAACAUAUCUGAAGGCUGAUGGGAAAGUUUAUGCAGUCUUGUCAAGUGUGAGCACUCCAGAUGUCAUGUAUGGAAGCACAUUUAAGGUAGAAUUGAUUUACUGCAUCACACCUGGGAAUGAGCUGCCGUCAGGAGAACAGUCUUCGCGACUGGUAAUAUCCUGGCGCAUGAAUUUUGUGCAGAGUACUAUGAUGAAAGGUAUGAUAGAAGGUGGAGCUCGACAAGGCUUAAGGGACAGCUUUGAGCAGUAUGCCACUAUAUUAUCUCAGAAUGUUAAGCCAGUUGAUGCGAAGGAUAUUGGCUCCAGUAAGGAACAGGUUUUGGCAUCUCUGCAAGUAGAGCGCGUGUCUGAUUGGAAGCUGGCGGUUCAGUAUUUUGCUAAUUUUACAGUAAUAUCUUCCAUUUUUAUGGGAUUUUAUGUGCUUGUACACAUGUGGAUGGCCAUGCCUAGUACAGUUCAAGGGCUUGAGUUUGUUGGGCUAGACUUGCCAGAUUCAAUUGGUGAAUUGAUUGUGGGUGGGAUCUUAGUUCUUCAAGGCCAACGAGUACUAGAGUUGAUAUCACGCUUCAUGAAGGCCAGAGUGCAAAAGGGUAGCGAUCAUGGAGUCAAAGCACAAGGGGAUGGAUGGUUGCUAACUAUUGCCUUGAUUGAAGGAAGCAAUUUAGCUUCUGUUGAUUCAAGUGGGUUCUCUGAUCCAUACGUGGUCUUUACUUCUAACGGGAAAACUAAAACUAGCUCAAUCAAGUUCCAGAAAACUGAUCCUCACUGGAAUGAAAUAUUUGAAUUUGAUGCAAUGGAUGAGCCUCCAUCUGUGCUGGAUGUGGAAGUAUUUGAUUUUGAUGGACCUUUUGAUGAAGCUACAUGUCUUGGACAUGCUGAAAUCAAUUUUGUUAAAGCUAAUAUAGCAGAGUUAGCUGAUGUUUGGGUUCCUCUUCAAGGAAAAUUAGCUCAGGCAUGUCAGUCUAAGGUGCAUUUAAGAAUUUUCUUGAACAAUACAAGAGGUAACAAUGUUGUUAAGGAAUAUCUAACUAAGAUGGAGAAGGAGGUGGGAAAGAAGAUAAGACUGCGGUCUCCUCAAACAAAUUCAGCAUUUCAGAAACUCUUUAGACUCCCACCAGAGGAAUUUCUCAUCAAUGAUUUUACUUGUCACUUGAAACGAAAAAUGCCCCUGCAGGGCCGCUUAUUUCUGUCAGCUAGAAUAAUUGGGUUCCAUGCAGAUCUAUUUGGACACAAAACAAGGUUCUUUUUUCUCUGGGAGGAUAUUGAAGACAUUCAAGUUCUUCCUCCUACUUUGUCAUCAAUGGGCAGUCCAAUUGUUGUCAUGACUUUACGGCCUGGCAGAGGUGUGGAUGCACGGCAUGGUGCAAAGACACAGGACGCAGAAGGCAGGCUGAAAUUCCAUUUCCAGUCUUUUGUUUCUUUCAAUGUAGCGCAAAGGACUAUCAUGGCACUAUGGAAGGCAAGAGCAUUGAGUCCAGAGCAGAAGGUUCAGAUAGUUGAUGAAGAAGAAUCUGAAGAUAAAGGCCUCCAACUAGUUGAAGAAGAAUGUGAAGCCAAAAGCCUCCAAACAGAAGAAAGUGGAUCCUUCUUUGGCGAAGAUGAUCUUAACAUGCCUGUUGUUUAUUCCUCUGUUGUUUCUGUACCUAGCGAUACCUUCAUGGAGUUGUUCAGUGGUUGUGAAUUGGAACGUAGAGUUAUGGAGAGGGCUGGUUGCCUUAAUUAUUCCUUCAGCCCUUGGGAAUUGGAGAAGCCUGAAGUGUAUCAGAGGCAAAUUUAUUACAAAUUUCAUAAGAGUAUUUCACGCUAUAGAGGAGAGGUGACAAGCACUCAGCAAAAGGCUCCCCUGCCUGAUAAAAAUGGCUGGCUCGUGGAAGAAGUUUUGACUCUCCAUGGAAUUCCACUUGGUGAUUAUUUUAAUCUUCACCAAAGAUACCAAAUUGAGGAUAUACCCUCAAGAACAACAGGAUGUAAUGUCCAAGUAUUUUCUGGAAUUGCAUGGCUGAAAAGUACUAGACAUAAGAAGAGGAUCACCCAAAAUAUAAUUUCGAAUCUGCAAGAUCGACUAAAGGUCAUGUUCAGUGUAGUUGAGAAGGAAUUUCUGCUAGAAAGUAGAUGAAUUCAGUGCAGUGCUAUUGGUGUCAAUUUUGGGACUUGAAUUCAGAAACAGAUGUGUUUGAAGCACCAUCUGUUAAUAAUCAUUGAAUUCUCAUGGUGCGUGUUCUUCAGUGCCUCUGAGCAUUCAGAUUGAUACUAGCUUCAUUCACUUGCUCGAUGUGCACAGAUGGUUCCUAACUUUGUAUGGGAGUGCAUUACAGUUUGAGCUGCUGCCAAAUGAACGUUUUGGCCCCGGCUUUAUGUACAUGAGAGAUACGACUGCAGGUAGAAGUUUCUAACAGAGCUACUUAGUACUCACUGGCGUUUUUGUUGAGAUCAAAUCCCAUGUCAAAUUGGGUUUCUAGAACACUUAAAUAUUUACAUUAUAGUGGAUCUGGAGCUUGUUUUCAUAAGUGUAACAGAGAUCUAAUCUAUUGCUCCUUUCAAUCAGUUUGUAAGGCAAUGUUUGUAAAUUAUCAAUAUUUUUAGCUCAGAACUUGAAUCUGACGACAAUGCUCCGAGCCCUUUAACAUGUAACCGUUAUUUCAGGCGUAAAUUUCUGUAUGAAAUGGUUUUAUGACCAUCAAAUGUGCAAAAACAGGCGAGCAAUGAAAAUUUAUUAAA